GAUUCAGCUGAUCCUCAUGCAAGUCUAUACGAUGUUGAAUAUGUGGUGACUAUAAAUGAGUGGUAUCAUAAUACUACAGGAGAAAUAUUGGCUGUCAAAAACGCUCCAAAUUAUAGGGGCGUUAAUCCCGUUCCUGAUGCUGUCCUUAUAAGUGGUUAUGGUCAAUAUACAUGUGGCGCCUCUAAAACAUGCACUUCAGUGACUCCUGCAACCUAUGUAGUCCAAAGCGGGAAAAGAUACCGUUUCCGCAUAAUUAAUACAAGUGCGGACAGUCACUUUCAUUUCUCAAUUGAUAACCAUCCGAUGACUCUUAUAGAAGUUGAUGGAACAAACAUCAAACCAGUCGUUAUCCAAAAGCUUUCAAUUAAUAUUGCACAGCGUUACUCAGUAGUAAUAAAUGCGUCUCAACCCGUUGGAAACUAUUUCAUUCGCGCUAGUGUUACCCAACAAUGUCAAUUCAACGUAAAUGCAUCAACUAUAAAUUGGAAUUCUACCAUUAAUUGGAAUGCUACCGGAAUAUUACGUUAUGAAGGUGCUAAUAAUACCAAUCCAACUACUUCCGA